AUGCUACUCUAUUUCUUCUUACUGUCCCUGCCCUCGCGCCCUUUGGCUGGAGUCAUCAACGUCGCAGAAUCCUGCCGCGAUAUCAACAACUGUCGACGCCUGUACGACAUCAUCUGGGGCUGUCUCACCACGAUAUUCGCUUGCGUCUGGGUGUCGGUGCAUCCCAAUGUCCCCCCGCCGAACAAGGGCUGGUUUUGGUAUCUCGGGCGUAGACUCAAACUGAUGUGCAUCGCGGUCGUGGCUCCUGAGCUCAUGGUCGGGUUCGCGCUGAGACAGUUUCUGUACUCGCAGGCUUUCGCGCGAAAAUAUUCCGUGUCUCUGACGCAUGGGUUCUUCUACUGCGCCGGCGGCUUCGUGGACGCGGCGCACCACCCCAUCGUCACGCUCAAACAGGUCGACCGGCCUGGCAUAAUCGACGCCAUACGACGCGUCAAGUCGUCCGAUAUCCGAGAUAAGAGCAAAGGCGACGCGUUCUCGAAGGGCGUCGUCCUCGCUCAGUGCGCGUGGUUUACGACGCAGUGCAUCGCCCGUCUCGUGCAGCAGAUCCCCGUGACGGAGCUGGAGGUCGCCACGCUGGGAUUCGCUGUUGUGAAUUUCUUCGUGUGGCUGCUUUGGUGGAGGAAGCCGUUGGAUGUCCAAGAAGCUAUUGAACUCGAGAUCGGGGACGGCUAUCGAGCGCUACGCCAAUCUACAGACAUCGCCGAAUCUCCAGACUUGAAUGUUGGAAACGCGGCCCUGUUGGAUGCCGAUCAGAGGCCGAAGACAGAGCUUGAAGAAGACCGUCCCGUUCGAACACAGAUAGCUCUAGGCGCCCGUUUCUCCGCCACCAUCACGGGGUUCUACCACGAAGAUGCCUACAAUCCUGAAGCAGCCGAUUUCGUGCCAGAUUUCUGGUCACAUGCAAAAGCAGACGACAUGCUCUCGAAAGACCAGGAGACGGUGUUCUUCGUCUUUCUUGCCGUCAUAGCCACAAUUUUCGGUGCCAUCCACUGCGCUGCGUGGGACGCAGACUUCCGCUCCUCGCUGGAACAGAAGAUUUGGAGAGGCUCCUCCGUCGUGGUCGCCGUCGUGCCGCUGAUGAUCCUAUUGUCCGGUUUCACGCUGGUGCUGUCUCAUUCUGAAUCGGCGCACUCCCCGCAUGCAGCCGAUACGACUGGAGGGUCUGCAUUCGUUGCGCUGCUGCUCACUUCACUGAUGGUGUACUUUUUUGCCCGGGUCUCUCUCCUCGUUAUUCCAUUGUCAACGCUUCGUGCUCUCCCUGACAGUGCGUACCUAGAUGUAAACUGGAGUUCCUAUCUUCCGCAUAUCUAG